GCGAUUCAAUUUCCUCCGGUCCACACGCUGCUGUUCUCUUUUCUCUCUCCCGCCACCACGCCGUCGUCGGUCUUUUUCUCACACCGCCGCCAGUUCCAGAGUCUCCAGCGACUCUCCGAUGACCUUUCCGGUUAGGUGACGAUGUUGAAUAUGUUAAAACCAAGCAAAUUUUUUGACAACGUUGUUGAUAGAUUAGCAUGGUGCAUAACAAACAAAAAGAUCUCCACCAAAAUUGUCUCCAAGAAGCACUACUUUGUUUCUUCUUCCUUUCUUAGUUUGUCAACUUCACUACCUUCCAAGCCUUCAGAUUUUCGAUUGCUCGAUAACGUAACAACAUGCAUUGCUUUUCUACAAUCAUGUGCUGAAUCUAAGAAUCUCAACAAAGGAAAACAGCUUCAUUCUGUAAUGAUCACCUAUGGUUUUUCCCAUUCACCUUCAUCUAUCACUAGCUUAAUCAACAUGUACUCCAAAUGUGGUCGAAUGGAGGAGGCUGUUUUGGUUUUCCAUGAUCCGUGUUAUGAGCCUAAUGUGUUUGCAUAUAAUGCUAUAAUUUCUGGGUUUGUUGCUAAUGGUCUUGCUUCAAUUGGGUUUCAAUUUUAUAAGCAAAUGAGGUUAGAGGGUGUGAUGCCUGAUAAGUACACUUUUCCAUGUGUAGUUAGAUCUUGUUGUGAGGUCAUGGAGGUGAAGAAGAUUCAUGGAUGUUUGUUUAAAAUGGGGUUGGAGCUGGAUUUGUUUGUUGGUAGUGCUUUGGUUAAUACUUACUUGAAGCUUGGCUCAAUGGAAGAUGCACAAGAAGUGUUUGAAGAAUUGCCAAUAAGAGAUGUUGUGCUUUGGAAUGCAAUGAUCAAUGGGUACGCCCAGAUUGGUUGCCUUGAUGAGGCAUUAGAAAUUUUCAGAAGAAUGCAUAUAGAAGGUGUUUCACCUAGUAGGUUUACAAUUACUGGAAUUUUGUCUAUUUUUGCUUUGAAGGGACACCUAGACAAUGGGAGAACAGUCCAUGGGAUUGUGAUGAAAAUGGGUUAUGAUUCAGGCGUUGCAGUUUCAAAUGCUCUAAUCGAUAUGUAUGGGAAAUGCAAACAUAUCGGAGACGCUUUAAUGGUUUUUGAGACGAUGAAUGAAAAGGAUAUUUUCUCAUGGAAUUCAAUUAUAUCGGUUCAUGAACAAUGUGGUGACCAUGAUGGUGCCUUGAGGCUUUUUGAUAAGAUGUUAGGUUCUGGGUUUCUACCUGAUUUGGUAACCGUCACAACCAUACUUCCAGCUUGCUCUCAUUUGGCUGCCCUCAUGCAUGGUAGAGAAAUUCAUGGAUAUAUGAUUGUUAAUGGAUUGGGAAGGGAUGGAGACAAUGGAGUUAUAGAUGAUUUACUUGUGAAUAAUGCUGUUAUGGAUAUGUACGCAAAAUGUGGAAGUAUGAAAAAUGCUCAAAAGGUUUUUAAUUCAAUGACCAAUAAGGAUGUGGCAUCAUGGAAUAUUAUGAUUAUGGGGUAUGGUAUGCAUGGAUAUGGCAUGGAUGCAUUGGAUAUGAUUUCUCACAUGUGCGAGGCCAAAAUUAAGCCCGAUGAAGUUACUUUUGUUGGAGUUUUAUCGGCGUGCAAUCAUGCAGGUUUUGUGUGUCAAGGGCGUUGGUUCUUAGCUCAAAUGGAGCAUGAUUUCGGUGUUAUCCCAACCAUUGAGCAUUACACUUGUGUGAUUGAUAUGCUGGGACGAGCUGGGCAUUUAGAGGAUGCUUAUGAUUUAGCCCAAACGAUGCCUAUUCAAGCCAACCCCGUUGUGUGGAGGGCUUUAUUGGGAGCUUGUCGACUCCAUGGGAAUGCGGAGUUGGCCGAGAUUGCUGCACAAAAAGUAAUGCAAUUGGAUCCAGAGCAUUGUGGGAGUUAUGUGUUGAUGUCUAAUGUUUAUGGAGUUGUAGGUCGAUAUGAAGAGGUGUUGGAGGUUAGAAACACGAUGAAGGAACAACAUGUCAGGAAGACGCCUGGAUGUAGUUGGAUCGAACUCAAGGAUGGAGUGCACGUUUUUCUCACCGGAGACAGGACACAUUUAGAAUUGAAUGCAUUGACAAGUCAACUUUGUGAUAUUGGAUUCAUUUUAGAUGAAGUCUUGAAUUUAUAUUGAGAUAUGGUAGCAUGUGCAAUUGCAUUAAGCCAAUAGCCAUUUCUUUUAUUCAAAGGUUGAUGAGCGGCACAACAUGUACAUUGAUGAGUUUACUAUUAUAGUGAAAAUCAUUGGUUAAUGAUUA